AUUAUUUUUAAAUAUGUACUAAACUGAUCCCCGAUAAUAAUAAGUUUUUUAACAAAACAACAUUUACUAAAGUUCACCUAUUUAGAGUCAAUAUGUAAAUAAAGAUGUAAAUUAUUAUAAUAGCUUUCUUCUCCAGGAAUACCAUAACAAUAUCAGAAAUCUCCAUAAAAUGGAAUAAUGUAAUCACCUUAAACCUAUUAGUCCAAUUAAUAGUUUGUAAUAUUAAUGAUUUAUCAAAGAGCUCCCCAUAUUAAGUCCCUUAGUCAUAAUAAUUUCUAUAAUAACCAUAACUAUUACAAACUUAACUACCUGCGUAAUAGAAUCAAAUUUUGCCUGUUACUUCUUAACAAUUAGCUCCUGUUCAAUCUUAAAGUCCUAUUACAAUUAGACCACCUUAUUAACCAAUUGGUGUUUAAGUUGCUUCUCCAAUUUAGCCAGUCAGUUUUAAGGUUGCCCCUACUGUUUAACCUGCUGUAAUAUAAAAACCAGUGGUAAAACUAUUCUUAUAUAAUUCAUUUAGACUGUUCAACCAUAAACUUAAGUUUAAGAAUUUAGACAUGUUGAAAGACCAUUAUAAGUUAUUACUGUUGAUGGUAUAUUAUUUAUUUUUAAUUCUUUUUAGAAAUUGAAGCACCAUGGAGAUUAAAAUGUGCUACAUUAGAAAGAUAAAUUUUAGAAUUAUAAAUUCAAAUUAGAAAGAAUAAUGGAACUAUUCUUCAAGAAACUGUUGAAGAAGUUUAAGAUGAUACAAAAGUUAAGAAUUUAGAACUUUAAAAAUUAGAAUUAGAAUAAAAAAUACAUAAUGAUGAACAAUUAAUGAAUGAAUUAAGAGCUAGACUUGAAGAAUUAAGAUAAGAAUAUGAAAUUAUUAUUACUGAAAAAGUUACUUAUGCAUCAAAUGAAGUAGAAACUUGGAUGAAAAAAUAUUCUAAUCUAGAAAAAAAUUAUGCUGAAAGCUCUUAAAAAAUAGCUAAUUUAAAAAGAUAAUUGGCUUAAGUUGAAGCUGCUGAUAAAGCUAUGCAAGAAUAAAAAAAGUAAGAAGUACGUUCAGAAGUUCGUAGAAGUUCUAAAAUCUAUUGAAUUAUAUUACAAAAUUGAAGAUAU